AAACAGAAAUCGAUUACAGUACGCUCGUGAGCGAGUGUGUGACUGUGUCAUUUCUAUGAUCAUCUCGUGGACGUUGGAAUAUGUUUGUUCUUAGCUGUUGACUACAAACGUUAUGAAAGGAUUACGACGAACUCAACGCGUUAUUCGUGCGUGACAUUACUCAUCUCAUUUGUUCUUGUGAAGAAGCUAGUCUAUCUUGCAAUUUAACGAAUGAGGCUUAGAUUUUAAAGGGACAAGAUUUGUUUUUAGAAGCCCAAUCCCAGUUUAAAUUAACUUGCAUGCAUGAAACAAGAAUACAUGACAUGGGUCUAGGAAUCUAGACGUUCCGAGGAUUAGGAACAAAAUGCAUCUUAUAGCAAUAAUCUUGUAGGUCUAUUAGACAUAGAAAUAGAAUUGGUCUAUGCGAUCCUAACCUACAAAGGCAAAUGCUAUUUAAAUUCAGCAUAACAAAACUGGAUCUAGGUGUAUUAUUUAUGUACCGUAUUAGGUGUGUUUGGGGAAAAAGUCUCAUUUUCAUAUUAGCUUUGUAAACACUUAUGAUCUAGAAUCCAGGUCUACCCCCCCCCCCUCCCCAAAACGACAAAUUAAGCCUACUUAAUGUAUAGUAACUUAAUAAAUGAUGAAUAUACUUGCCUAUAAUAUAAUGCUCUGCCAUUUGAGAUCUCUUCAUUCUAAUCUGUUUUGCGACACGCACAUUUCGUAGUUUGGAGUUCGUGCUUUCCCUAUGACAGGCAACGGAUGGUAAUAGUGUGUGGUCACUCUGUGACCCCAAACAAACUUUCAAAAUUGGUUGUACUAUGGGAUCUGGUCACUCCUCUAAAAAUGAGACAUUUGACGGCAAAGUUAACUUUGAUCACUUUCAAAUACUAAGAGCCAUUGGAAAAGGAAGUUUUGGAAAAGUGUGUAUUGUCCAAAAGAAAGACAGUAAGUUAAUGUUCGCUAUGAAGUACAUGAACAAAGCUGCCUGCAUUCAACAAGACGCUAUCAACAACGUUAUCAAAGAAGUGGAGAUACUCAGAAAAGUGGAUCACGUCUUCAUAGUCAACUUGUGGUAUUGUUUUCAAGAUGAAGAAGAUAUGUUUAUGGUUGUGGACUUGUUACUUGGAGGUGACUUACGUUAUCACAUGCAGGAAGAGCUACAGUUCACAGAGCAGCACCUGCAGCUGUACCUGGCUGAACUGGCCUUCGCUCUAGACUAUCUCAGGAGUAAAUCUAUAGUACACAGAGAUAUAAAACCAGACAAUAUUUUACUGGAUGAAGAAGGUCAUGUUCACAUCACUGACUUUAAUAUAGCAUCAGAAUUGAAACAGGAUGAGUUGGCAACAUCACUUUCUGGUACUAAACCUUAUAUGGCUCCAGAAAUUUUCAAAACAGCCAUUGGGGAGGUCAGAGGUUACAGUUUCCCGGUAGACUGGUGGGCUCUUGGAGUCACUCUGUAUGAACUAGUCAAGAAAAGGAGGCCCUUUAAUGUUCAAACAGAUACAAACCCUCAAGACACUCUACAGAUUUUGUGCACUACCAAAGUGAAUUUUCCUUGCAAUGUUUCCAAUGAAAUGAAUGAUGUUUUAAGGCAGUUAUUACAUGUCAAUCCAGAACAAAGACUUCAAAGCUCUGAGUCACUUGUAUCACAUCCUGUCUUGAGUAGCCUCAAUAUGGAGCAGGUCAAGGCCAAGGCUAUUAAGCCAUUAUUUGUGCCUUCUAAAGAACAUCUCAAUUGUGACCCUACAUAUGAGUUAGAAGAAAUGAUUAUAGAAACAAAGCCUCUUCAUAAAAAGAAAAAAAGAUUGGCCAAGCAAUCUUCAAAGAAAGACAGUUUGUCCUCAGAGAUGGUGAAUAAGUCGAUGGAUGAUCUCUUUAAAGGAUUUCCUUAUUAUAACAGAGAGGUAGAAUUAAAUGGUGGCUGCUCCAGUGUUCAGCAAGAUAUCCCAGAACUCAAACCUUCUACAACAGUUUCUACCAGCAAGUCUAGAAUGCUGCCCUCUAGUGAGACUGGAUCAGAACAAAAAUUACUUAGAGAAGCUAACAGCUGCUCAGCAAGUUUGACUGAGUCUUGACAGAGUAAUAGAACUUUAGCUUUGACAGAGUUAUGGAAGAUAAUUUUGACAGCUUUAUUCUCUAAAAAAAGAAGAAUCUUUUCUUUUAAUCUUGAAAAAUCAACGUUAGCUUUAUAUUUUCAUUUAUUUUGCAUAUUCAUAUAUUAGGGUUUAAAAAGUCAGACUCCAUACUAGGAUGACUGCCUGGUCAUGUUUUCACACUGUCAAUAUGAUGGUCCAUAGUACAGAACCUUUCCCCUUCCACUAUGUUGGAACAAAUAAUCUUCAGUUCUGAAGGAUUGUCAGAAACUUACAAAACAAAACAGAAAAAAACAAAAUAAAUGUCAUGCAAUUGAACUGAGGAGUUGAAGGUCUAGGACAUCCAGUCCAUUGGUUAUCUGUUUGCAACUUAAUUUAUAACAAUGUAUGUUCUUAAUGAAGACUGUGUACAAUACAAAUCAAUGUGUAUUUUUUUUUGAGGCAAUUUGUACAUGAACUGGCACUUUGAAACAGUUACAGCUUACUCUACAUGAUGUAUAAGCUUAAUAUUUGUACCAUGAGGAGAAUUUGUUAUAUUUUGUAACCAAUGUUUUUAUAUUGAUGUGAAUCUUGUUGAAAUAAUAUUGCUAUUUUUAGAACAGUUUAUUUCUUGCUGCAUUGCUAUCUUAGUUCCCUUCUCUAGGACAUCAAUGAAAACUAAAGCUUUACAAACCCUUGAUGCACAUCAACACUAUAUUGAGGGGAAAAUUUUUAAAUCGAUAAAAUAUUGCAACUAUUUAUUUACAACUUUGACUCUCUGAAACUUAUUAACUACAAGCACACGUUUAAUCUUAGCAAUACUCAGGACCAGUUGGCGCCUUCUUCAUCGCAAUCUUUUUAUUGCAAUUCAUGGGCUAUUUUGAUCAAUUCAGUGGUCUGCUGACUUACAUGUGUUAAAGAUACUGGUAUAGAUUGUCAAGACCAAAUUUAAUUAUUGGAUUAUUAUAUUUUGAAAAAUAUAAAACAAACCAGUUUUCUCUGUGGCCAAUCGUCUAGAAAUUGUUUUCACAAAUGUAACAGAAUUGAAGAAUUUUCAAGCUAAUAGGAAAAAAAAAAAUCCUGUGGUCAGUGAAAGAGGCAAAACAACUUUGUGCCAACAUCUACUGCAGUCAUUCCCAACGUAAGGAACUUAAGUUAUCAAGUCUUUGAAUAAGGUCUUUAACAUCGUACAUUGAUAUACUUUGUAACCCCCCCCCAUGUGUUUAUUACAUACAUCUCUUAAUGCUUUAUUUUAUGACAUUCAUGGACCUAGGACUUGGAUAAUUCUUUAUAUGAUGUUGCAUUUCGUCUUUGAUCAUGCAUGUAAUGUUGGCAUUUAACGUAUUCUUCUUCCUCAUAACCUUACAUUGUGAUAUGAAAAUGUCAUUUAGGUGAUCACAUGUUGUUCUGAAAGCAAUACUACAGGUAAACAUUGUUAUAUAGCCAUCAGGAAUUAAUUCAUGUGUAAUCAGAAUAGAACCCAAUGUGUGUGCCUUCUAUUGGUCUCAUACAUAAACUUUAAAGUGACAUGAAGUCAAAAUAAUCCUGAAGGAAUUGACAAGUCACAGGUACCAUCAAUCAAGAUGGCGCCAGAAUAUGGUAAUCCCCAAGAAAUUUAAGACAUUUUUUGACAAGUCACAGGAACCAAAUUUUUUUUUUUAAUUGCUAAAGUAUUAUUAAUACUUGUGUUCAAUUCAUAAAUGAAAUAAUGAUGCUUUGUUACAUAUCAAUAAAAUAAAUCAAUAAAUAGA